CAAUCAUGACUGGUCAUAUAUAUAAAAUAAUUUAAAAAUUAAAAAACAAUGAAAUGGCUGCACUUCAAUUUGCUUUUCCGUCCACAGCCGGUGGCCGGCAUCGGCCGGCGUCACGGUCCAUUAUCAGACCGGUCAGGUGCGCUGCUGACAGGCAGGCGCUUUUUAACCGCAUUGCCCCUGUCUAUGAUAACUUGAAUGAUUUGUUAAGUUUAGGAAUGCAUAGAGUGUGGAAGAGGAUGGCUGUUUCCUGGAGCGGAGUUAAAGAAGGAGAUACUGUGUUGGAUGUUUGUUGUGGAAGUGGGGAUUUGGCUUUUCUGUUGUCUGAAAAAGUUGGAAUCAGUGGCAAGGUGAUUGCUCUCGAUUUCUCAAAGGAGCAGUUACAAAUUGCUGCAACUCGCCAGAGUGCGCAAGCAAAGGCCUGUUACAAGAACAUCGAGUGGAUUGAAGGAGAUGCAGCCGAUUUACCAUUCCCUAGAUCCUCAUUUGAUGCCGCAACCAUUGGCUAUGGCUUGAGAAAUAUUGUAGAUAGGAGAAAAGCUAUGGAGGAGAUGUAUAAAGUUCUGAAACCUGGUUCAAAAGUAUCUAUUCUUGACUUCAACAAAAGCACUAGCUCAUUAAACUCUUCUGUCCAGGAUUGGAUGAUUGAUUACAUAGUGGUUCCGAUUGCAAGUGGCUAUGCCCUAGCCGACGAGUACCAGUACUUGAAGAGCUCAAUCAAGGAAUAUCUGACGGGAAAGGAGUUGGAGCAGCUAGCUGGAGAGGUGGGCUUUUCCGAGGCCAAGUUCUACGAGAUUGGUGCAGGGCUCAUGGGGAAUUUGGUGGUGACUCGUUAGGAAGGUACCCUUGCCACCAGACUGGAUCUUCUGAAUGCAGGUUCAGUUUCAUGCGCUGGCUUUCUUCAACUACUGAAUCUGUUGAGCAAUGGUAUAGGUUGCAAUAUGGUAUAUACAUCAGCCUCCCCACAAGCACAAGUCCCUUGGAAAUUUUGUUCCUAUGUAUAAGUUAAUGCUUAAUCCAUACUAAAAUCUGUUUGUAUCUCUA